AUGUCGAGCACAAGUACCAAGAUUGGCCACGGCCUGGCCAAGGUCUUGGGCAUCAAACUCGAGAAACCUGAGAACGAAGAGAUGUUGCGCGGCGAAUCCGUCUUCUCCGUUCAGUCCUCAGACACCUUCGUUGAGGAGGAGCCAACAACAGCUGAGUGGCUUCUUGACAUCCUUCCCGACGGCCAUGAAGUCCUCGCAUACGUUCGGUCUCUUUUCCCCUUCCUCAACUGGAUUGGUCACUACAACAUGCAGUGGUUACUCGGUGACUUGGUCGCCGGUGUCACUGUUGGAGCUGUUGUGGUGCCUCAGGGUAUGGCCUACGCUUUGCUUGCAAAGCUUGAUCCUCAGUUCGGUCUCUAUUCGUCCUUCAUGGGUGUCAUUAUCUACUGGUUCUUCGCUACAUCCAAGGACAUUACCAUCGGCCCCGUGGCCGUGAUGUCUACCGUUGUUGGUAACCUCAUCACCGAUGUCCAAGCAGAUUUCCCCCAGUACGCAGGUCACCAGAUUGCCUCUGCUCUAGCUAUUAUUGCUGGCGCUAUCAUUCUCUUCAUCGGGUUGAUCCGCAUGGGAUGGAUUGUCGACUUGAUUUCCUUGACUUCUCUGUCGGCCUUUAUGACUGGUUCUGCCAUCAGCAUCGCUGUUGGACAGUUGGUCACCUUACUGGGCAUCAAGGGCGUCAACACACGAGAUGCUACCUACCUUGUCUUUAUCAACACACUCAAGGCCCUGCCAAAGACAAAGAUAGAUGCUGCCAUGGGCCUGACCGCCCUUACCAUGCUCUAUCUCCUGCGGUUCAUCUUUACGACCUUGGCCAAGAAAUACCCCCGGAAGUCGAAGCUCUUUUUCUUCCUCUCCACUCUCCGGACGGUUUUCGUCAUCCUUCUCUACACCAUGAUUAGUUGGUUGGUCAACAUGCAUAGACGAUCGAACCCACUGUUCAAAAUUUUGGGAGACGUCCCGCGAGGUUUCCAGAAUGCUGGCGCCCCGAAAAUCGACACCCACCUCAUCAGCGCUUUCUUACCUUUCCUGCCUGCCAGCGUCAUUGUUCUGGUCAUCGAACACGUCGCCAUUUCGAAAUCUUUCGGACGUGUGAACAACUACACUAUCAAUCCCUCUCAGGAGUUUGUGGCCAUCGGUGUGACCAACGUCAUUGCCCCCUUCCUUGGAGGCUACCCAUCCACGGGCUCGUUCAGCCGUACCGCUAUCAAGUCCAAGGCCGGCGUCAGAACUCCCUUUGCGGGUGUCAUCACUGGUCUCAUCGUAUUGCUUGCCAUCUACGCUCUUACGGCCGUGUUCUUCUACAUCUCGAGCGCAUCGCUGGCUGCAGUUAUCAUCCACGCCGUUGGCGAUCUGAUUACGCCGCCGAACACGGUCUACCAAUUCUGGCGCGUCUCCCCGCUUGAAGUUGUCAUCUUCUUCAUUGGUGUCUUUGUCACUAUUUUCUCUUCCAUCGAGAACGGAAUCUACGCCACAAUCUGUAUCUCUGCCGUGUUGCUUCUCUGGCGCAUUCUCCGGAGCCAGGGACGCUUCCUUGGAAAGGUCAAGAUUCACUCUGUCGUCGGCGACCAUGUCAUUGGCGAAGACCACCGACAAGUCAUUGGCGAGUACGGUACCUUUAAUGCUAGCGACAACGCUGCCCGUAACGUUUUCCUGCCCAUCGAUCACGGCGAUGGAUCCAAUCCCGAGGUCUCACUGGACGAGCCGUAUCCUGGCAUUUUCAUCUACCGUUUCUCCGAGGGUUUCAACUACCCGAAUGCCAGCCACUCCCUUGAGUAUCUCACUGACUACAUCUUCGCCCGGACACGCCGAACGAACCUGCAGUCUUACGGAAGGUUGGGCGACCGCCCCUGGAAUGACCCCGGCCCGUCGCGCAAGGCCAAGAAGGCGCAAGCUCAGAUGCACGAGGAGGAGAACAGGCCGACUCUCAAGGCCAUCAUCCUUGACUUCAGCUCCGUAAACAAUGUCGACUUGACAUCAAUCCAACAGCUCAUCGACGUUCGCAACCAGCUCGACCGGUAUUCGUCCCCCGAAAAAGUGAACUGGCACAUUGCCUGCAUCAACAACAGGUGGACCAAGAGAGCGCUCGUUGCCGCCGGCUUCGGCUACCCUGUCGAUCGCAGCGACGGCACGCAGCACCAGUGGAAGUCCAUCUUCAGCGUCGCCGAGAUUGGAGGUUCCGAGUCGGCGGCCGCGGUUGCGGAGAAGGAGGCUAAUGAGAAGGAAAUUUUGACUCACACGAGGAGUGCGAGAUUCGGAGACGAGGAGGCGGGCAAGGACGGUGGCGCAUACGAUCAAAUCAACCCCGUGUCGUCGGGCUCAAGGAAAGCAACCGGCCCCAAGAGGAAGGGUGUCGUCGUCCACGGCCUCAACAGGCCGCUGUUCCACGUCGAUCUGACGAGCGCGUUGCAGAGCGCUAUUGCCAACAGCGAGGGCAGAGGCCUUGUUCAAGAGGAGGCGGAGGCAGUUGGGCCAAAGAGUCCCAGCACCUCUAGUGAUUAA